AUGGCGUGUAGUGCACUGACAGGCUUGUAUCUCGGCUUUGUGGUUAUACUGUCAUUGGGUCUUGCUGCGGCCAUGCAAUACCUCUAUCAGCAUGCUCACGAGUUGCAAAGAGAGGGCAAGGCCCUCAUACGCUAUUUCGUUGCGUCCGACUUUGACAAUACCAAAUACCUUUCAUGGCGCUACAUGCGAUUGGCACCUUUCUACAAGCUCAGUAGACCGAAUGGUCUUUCUGGGACUGACAUCUUCAUUCGAGAUCCGGUGUGCUAUCUCACAUACCUUCGAAAGCCGAUCAAGGCUAGAGCUCUGAUAUAG